AUGACAUCCUCGGCAACGCCUUCGACCCUGUCGCACAGCAUACCGACCCUCCCAUUUGCAAGCAAGCUCAGUGAGCAGCUCUCGCAACGGCAGGGCCAAAGUGAAUCCAGAACCGAGACAGAAACUGUAGGGGAAGAGAAGGGCUAUUCACUCGGGUCUCCGUUGCGUCCGUCACCGAAAUCACGCUCCCUGUCCGACGCGGCACGAUCCUUGUCCUCUCCAAGACCCAAUUCAGAAGAUAAGAGACCAUCAAGUAAAGAUGAUACUUCUCUUUCAUUAACGCCUGAAACGCCUCAACGGCUAUCUAUGCAUCCGGGAUUAUCGUUGAAUGUGAAUUCAAAGACUACUGCUUCUCCUUCGUUGGGAAACCGUACUCCUCUUUCCCCGAAGCUGGACUCGUCUCAGAUUUACGGCUGCCCUGGGUCGGUUUUGCCCCGACGCUCAAGAGGUCUUGAUUUCUCUCGUGCUUGCACCAACCUUCACCAUUCGACGUUGGCUGAAUCCUCCCCGGACUCAUCACCGGUAAUAGGCGGGCGAGGCAUGAGCAUCCCACAACGUCGUGGUUCGCCCGGAUCAACAUCGGGGCCUCCGUUCUCAACCUCAGGUCCUGCAGACAAAACCGCUAUUUCCAGUUCAGUGUCCAGUGUCAACAUGAUGGAAUCAGAUACAAGUAGUAGCGAGGAAGAUGAUGAGACGAUGGAGAAAGAUGAUAUGAUGAUCAUCAAUACACCGCAGGCAAAUAAGAUUAGCGGAGGGCCCAGUCCUUUCGCGGUCGGGAAUGUGCCAAGUCCUGGGAAUGACUGGAUGGGCGGUUAUUCACAAGCAGCUACCAGCCUCAUGAGCUUUCAGCGAGCCCGAUUCCGCAAAGGCCGCGGCAGCAGACAAAGCUCUAGCAGCGCCAGUGGGAACAGCUCGAAACCCAGCCCCGGCUCGCAUUCUCCGCCUGUGAUAAAAAGUAUCGAGAAUCAAAACGGGGGCUACUUUGGCGCAAAAGCAGGUUUAGGCCCUCGGCGUGAGAGCUUGAGUCUAGGCACUCGUGAUCUGCGCCUAUCUGACCUUAGUGAUGAGGGAGAAACUCGUGGCGCGCGGGGACAUAGCCCAAGUGCACCGAACUAUGAGGGUGGACCUUUGGGUGUGAUUAGGCGUGCUGUAACCCGACGUGGGAGUUUGCUGCCGAAAACAAAGACAUUUGCACGUAUUCGGGCUGCUCUUUUAGAAGAAACUGCCCCUAUUGAUAGCGAGGCGAAACGUGAGGCAGAGGUGAUCCGUCAAGUUCGCGAGAGUGAGCCCGAUAUUCCUCAGAAGUCGCCAAGCUUGGACGGAUUCUCAUUUGGCAAUCCAUUCCAACCAGCCGAGCCCCUGAAAAUUGUGGGGGAUCUGUCUGCCAAGCUUGGGGCUUCUGCUCCGGACGAACCCAGCUUCAGUGAGGAGGCACAUCGACAUUCCGGUGGUCCUGAGUUUUGGAACUCAUUUGAUGAGCGCUAUCGCACCCCUCCACCAACCUUGCGUCGACCGGGAACAUCAGUUUCGGAGGAUGAUUUGGCCAUGGAUAUUACACCGGCGGCAGUCAAGUCCACAGGUGCAGAGUUUGUGAAACCAGGCGAAAGACCCAGCUCACGAUCCUCAACACCCUAUGCCUCUCACUCCGGCAGCAUUACCGAGUUCAAGAGGAAACGACAGCGCGAGGACGAUUUUGACCCCAGUCUUUUCAAGAGAAGGGCGGUCUCUCCGAGCUUGAGUGUCCAAAGCAGCCCCGUCAUGCCAAACUCGCCAGUCGUGAAGGAAACGGGUUCCAGCAUUUGGGGCCCAGCGCCCAAAUCAAAUCUCGGAUCUCUUUUCCCAGAUCGCCCUGGCACUGAAACUCCAAGUCGUGGAGCUUCCAACACGGUCCAUACAGGAACGUUGAAGCGGGUUGGUUUGCAGGGUAUGACCGAGGCUAAUGAUGGUUUCAUGAAUAUGAGCAUCGAAUAA